AUGGGCGACUACUCAGAGUCAUGGCUCAAGUUCGAGGAAUAUCUAGGCGUCCGACCGGUUCUCAACGGAAAUGCUGAUGAAAUGCGCUCCAUGCAAGAGGACAUGAUGACGGCACUUGCAGCACAAUACCCCCCAAUCCCUAAUUCUAUCAGGAUCCAUGAGGGUGUGCAUGAUUCUUUCAACUAUCGUAUUUUUUGCCCUGCUGCCGACACAAGCGACAAACUCCCUGUUGGAGUAUACUAUCACCCCGGAGGUCUUGUCAUUGGACCGUCCAUUGCGGACGACUAUUUUUGCGCCACUAUUGCAAGCAGCAAAAUCGUCGUCAUUUCCAUAAUGUAUAGAUUAUCACCAGAGCAUAAGGCACCAGCACACCUUGAAGACGCGCUCAAUGGGUUUGAAUGGGCGUAUAACAACGCUUCUAGAUUCGGAGGCGAUUCAACGAGAAUAUACGCCAUAGGCGUCUCGGCCGGGGCUGGACUUGCUUUUUCCGUCACUCGCAAGGUCCUUUUGAGUCAAUCUUCACUGCGACCUGAUACGGUCAAAGGCAUUGCUGUCUUCUGUCCCGUUGCGCUGCACCCCGACCACAUCCCGAAAUAUUACGAGUCAACUCAUACAUCUUACGCCGAGAUGGAGGAGAAUGUGCCACUUUUGAGCGCAUCAACGAUGCGUCUAUUCUUCGACCUUGCAGGAAAUGAUGCUGAAAAUGAGGACUACUUUCCAAUUAGAGAUUCGAACAUCUUGGGGCGAUUACCAGCCGUGUAUGUAUGUACCAGCGAAUUGGAUCCAGUGAGAGAUGAUGGAAAGGUGUUGGUGGCAACCUUGAAGGAUGCAAGGGUUCCCGUCAAGUCUGACCAUUAUCUUGGCCUUCCACAUUGCUUCUGGAUAGUUCCUUCUUUACCCGAGACUGAGACAUUUUAUAAAAAGGCUAUUAAUGGAAUGCAAUGGGUUAUUGGGAUGUAG